AUGGGGAGUGACCAAUUCGGAGCUCAGGUUAUGAUUCACACUACAGACCCAGCAAAACAGCUGACCACAAGCCGUAUUGAGUAUGUCGAGUUCUAUCACGUUGGACAAGCUUUCCGAAUUGGUCGCUAUCCGAUAAACUUCCAUGCAACAGGCGAUAUGUUGGAAUCUUACGUUCGUGGAUGUAGUAUUCACCGAUCAUUUAAUCGUGCUAUCAACAUUGUAGAUACACAAAACCUUCUCGUUGACAGUAAUGUGAUUUACGACAUCAAUGGUGGAGCUAUAGUUUUGGAAGAAGGAUCUGAGACAGGAAAUAUAAUUCAGUACAAUUUAGCUUUGCUUGCCAAAUCCACUGUUAAGUUAUUGGUGAAUGACAUUACACCAGCAACAUUCUGGAUUACAAACCCUAACAACACUGUGCGUCAUAAUACUGCAGCUGGUGGAACACACUAUGGAUAUUGGUUCAAUUUGGAUUCCGUAUCUGGUACUCAUUAUCCACAGAUGACACCUUUUGCUGAAUUUUACAAUAAUACUGCACAUUCGUUCGGAUGGGAUGGUUUGACAAUAUAUCCGAAGUACAUUCCACGUGUGAUGUUUGGAAUAAACUCAUAUUCGUCAUCGCCAAAAGCUGUAUUAUUAGAAGACACUUUUAUAUGGAAUUGUGAAAAAGGACUUGUUCUCACUGAUAUAGGGGCCAUACAGGUCAAAGGGUUAGUCGCCGUUAAUAAUGUUGAAGCUGGAUUUACAGGGGAUCUAAUAGUAGACGGAAACGAAUAUGCCGACGACGGACCUCUGAUAGAAGACUCAUUAAUCGCCGGUCACGUUUCUAGUCUUCCGACACUAGGAUGUACCAAAGGUGGCGUUGCAUCUCCCUACAGAUAUGGCUUCACGAUUCGUAAUGUCACCUUUGUCAACUUUGACCAACCUGAUUGUGCAGCAUUGACAGUUACUAAGACACCUGACAGAUGUUCCGGAAACUGUGGUGGGUUUUUAUACAAAACUCAGAAUCUAACAUUCCUAAAUGUAGAAAAUCGCAUAAAGAACGACUGGAUUUGGGAAUCUGUCUUCGAAGACGCCGAUGGAAGUCUUUGUGGAUAUAAGUCAUGUAAGGUUGUAUCUUGUAGUGGAACAUUACCCCCUAAUUGUACCGUGUUUUCAAACUCAUCGACAAUUUCUCUAUGUGUCUGUCCGUCAGACGUCACACUUAUCAGAGUUGCUGUUGUUAGGUUUGUUGUCGAUGGAUAUAACAGAUAUCCUACUCUCUUUUUAACCAAUAAUUUUGGAACAACUGUAAGCAAUUACCGUUCAAAAGCCAUAUUACCAUCAUCGGGUUGGAUGUCAUAUUUGGUGUCAGAGGAACCCUACUUUUGGCAUCUUUCUUAUCCGGCGAAAAUGACAAAUGUGUCUUGGGAUGGAUAUUUCUAUAAAAUGCAGUAUGGAGAUCAUGUAAUGAUAACACAGACGUUGCGAGGUGAACCAGACAGGUUUUUUAUAAAUAAUAAUGAACGUAAUCCUGUGAAUGAAACAUUAGACCCGGCGACACAUUAUCAUGGUGACUGGCAGUACAACGAAACAACGGGCAAUAUAACAAUUCUUGUGUCAUAUAGACAGCGUGGACGCAUUAUUGAUGAGGGACCAAGGGAUAUAUAUGUUUCACUACAAAUAACCAAGUGUUUAUACCGUGGAUGCAUCUACCCUACAUCACCACCUACAACGACACCAGCGCCAGCGUCAACGUUACAUACGAACUGGUCAUCUCCUACGUCAUGGCCCAACGACACACUUCCCGUUACUGGAGAUAACGUGAAUAUCACAAAGGGAAUAUGGAUGAAAGCCGACACGGUGAUACCAACGCUUAACCUUGUCGUUAUAUAUGGCGUCUUGGAGUUCGACCAUGGUCCAGAAAAUGGUUCUUACCGCAUAUUCACUUUCAGUGCAAGGGACAUCAUAAUAAUAGGGGGGAAACUCAUAAUCGGUUUACCAGCUGACCCCUUCCUCGGUCAUAUAGACAUUAUAUUGCGAGGCCAGAGACACAACUCAGAGACACGACUGGAGCAUACCAAUAUACCGAUAAAUGCCAAAUGUCUCGGUGUUUAUGGCGGUCUCGAUCUACAUGGCAAGGGCACUGGUAUAACAUGGACAAGACUAAACAGAACAGCAAAUCCCGGUGAAAGUGAGGUGACACUUGUACAAAACGUGACCUGGGAGAUCGGGGAUGAAAUUGUCAUCGCCCCGACCAGUUAUGACAUAUGGGAAACGGAAACAUUCACUAUCAAUAACAUUUCUGACGACGGCUUCACUUUAUCAUUGAACGAUUCCCUACGAUUCCGACACAUAGCUCACGAAGAAAUGAUCAAUGGUAAACAUAUUAUAAUGGCAUCUGAAGUGGGACUUCUGACCAGAAAUAUUCGACUUCAAGGGGAGGUAAACAGUGCCGACAUGUACGGUGGAAAAGUGAUAGUCGGAACGGCGGAGGCUAACGGUAGUAUCUAUAAAGGUUACGCAAGUCUCAGCAACGUCGAGUUCCAUCUCACAGGCCAGAAAGAGUACACUCACGUUAUUCAUAGGCAGUUUUCCUUGCUGUAUAGGAACGCCGCGAAAGUCACUGAAAACACAUCGUCAUCUGUGACUAAGUGUGUUUUCCACGACGGUUUUUCACCAGCUAUUGGAGUGUAUGAAUCAAACGACCUCGUUCUGAUAGACAACGUCAUUCAUCACUCGUCGAUGCAAGCAAUUAAAAGCCAAUCAUUUAAUACAACGAUUCAGCGAAAUCUAAUUGUAUUGGUAACUGACAGUAGACUUACUUUCGGAGCAAUACAUGGACUUCAAGGACGACACAUGAAAAUCAAGGACAAUGUCGUCACCGGAACAUAUGGAGUCGCUUUUCACGUCCCCGGUGUUGAAUGUGGCGCCACAGCCGGUGGAGUAGGAAACGAGGCACACAGUUCUGCAAUAGGUGUCGCCGUGUACCCUGACGAUGAUUUAGUUCAAAGCUCGUGCUACCAAAUAUCAAACUAUUUUAUCUGGAAAUGUCGUGAUAUCGGAAUAUACUACAACAACCGACUGUCUGUGGUUACACGGAACAAUGUUCUGAUAGAAAAUACGCUGGGACUGUAUCACUCAGUUAUUGGACCUAACGCUGUUAAUCACGAGUAUGCCACUAAAUAUUGCAACAUAACUCACACUCUUAUCAUCGGCGCAACCUCGUCGUUUGAUUGUACAUCUGACCGAAUCAACUCCACUGGUAUUUCUACACAGUAUAGAGCCGGGCACGUUGGUAUGGAUUUCACUUCAUUUAUGCAAGGAACUAAUGGUGCUCCUAGUUCCUCUCUGGUUGGAAUCAAGACCUAUCCUGCAAUCAUGGGGGCGACUAAUGUCGAUGGCGUUACUUUCGCACAUUUUAACACGGUAUGUGGUAUUAAGGAUAUCAUGAUUACAACGAACAAGGCUAACGAUGACGGACAACACCCAGUGAUUACUAAAAGAAUCAUAGUCUAUCAGUCGGACAAUCACAAUUUUUUCUUCAUUGAUCGGCCAAAUAUUGAAAAAAUAAACCCGAGUGACUGUGUUGAUAUGGACUGUGAUGGAUUGAAAAAGGCGCUUAUAAAAGAUCAAGAUGGGUCCUUUCUUGGAACAAAGGGUGCUGUCAUAUCCCAGUCGGAAUGGGAGUGGAACGGUGAUUCGCGAAGAGGACUAGGGGACUACAAAAUACCCAGAGAAAUGCUUACUACAUUGGAGGGUAUACGUGUCAAUGUCAGUAGCAUCGCACCGCACAAAGGAAUUGUACGAAAUGAUCAGUGCCAAUACCGAACUGCCUGGCAAGCCUACGAGUGUCACGACCUUGACUAUCAUAUGCUGAUAAUAGAGAGUAUGGACCCCGAUACAGAGACUCGGCGUCUGUCUCCAGUCGGAAUACUUGGAGACAAGUAUUUGGAUCUUAUUAACGGACCCCAAGACCACAGCAGUUGUAAACAUAUGGCAUGUCGGAAAAGACUCUCUACAUUUAUGGCUAUUGUCGCUAUAGGAAGACAAUAUUUAGUACACUUUAGCAGCACAAGCCCGCAGGAGCUCCGACUUUUCCUGUUAAAUUCAAAUGAAGACGAGGCUGUGACUCUUGGUAUUUGGUACUCGCAGUCUAACCGCCGAGACGUAUACACUGGUGAUGAUCUUGUACUAGCACAAAACGCUAAGAUAGUAAAUGGAAAGUAUAUAGUUAACCCUCCAAGUUUUGUAGGAGAAUUUGUUCCCGUAUCAAAUUCUACUGAUGCUACAGGAACAAAUUAUUUUGACAGAGAUUUAAACAUAUUAUAUGUUUUAGUCAGAGGAAGCAACCCAGUAAAGAUUGUUACAAAUCCUAGUUUUAUAGUGUCUUUUCAAAUCCCUGCAUUAACACCAGAGGAGUUUUAUGGGGAAUCAUUGAUACGUAAUUUAGCUGCGUUCUUCGACGUGCCUCCGGAGAAGAUCAGAGUGGUCAACAUUGUCAGGGAGACUACAAGACGGAAACGUGCUGCGUCUGAAGAUAUUACGAUACAAAUAGAAAUCAGCGACCCUCCAGCUACAACUGCAAACGCAACGGUCAACGAAACGAUGUCAACAGAUGCUCUCAUGAAUAUGUCGGCGAAGUUUAUCAAUGAGGUACAAGGUGGAGGAGAUAUGAGCGAAACACUUAACAUCACUCUUAAAAGCAUUGCCAUAAAUGAACCGAUUCCCGAUCUUAGCGAUGAAACACCACUAGAAGUAAAGGAUUCUCCAAAAAACUCAAAAGGCAUGCUUAGGGUUCCUAAAGCGAUGAAAUUGGUGAUAGAACCGGUACCGACACACGAAACAGCACUGUUUGCGACACAACCGUGCUUAAGGUUCUACGACGAACAGGAUAACGAAAUAGAAAAACUUGGCUCAAUCGCUGACCCUUGGAAAGUUACAGCUACUUUGUCACCAAGACGCUCCCAGCCUAAAGCUCAUCUCUAUGGAGGAACGACUACGGAAAUAGUAGGGGGCUGGGCAAACUUCACUGGUCUCCGGAUUUCGCACUACGGCACAAAGUUUUCUAUUGCUUUUAAAAACACAUAUCCUGUCGGCAAAAAACCAAUGACAGCUCAAUCCAGUUUAUUUUCUGUUGCAAAAUUAACUGGUCAUAAAUGGAAAGCUACGGUUGAUGUAAAUAAUAAAACAGGCACCGAAGAUGUCAUAGCAGGUUCAAGAGAAGUGCAGAUUGAUCCUACAACUGGUGAAGGUGUGUUCGAUUCUUUGGGCUUUGAUCAGAUAGGUAUCUACUAUUUGACAGUUCAUGUGACGUCAUCACCAGAGGAGUAUGACAUCUACGGGAAUGUGAAGGUUCAAAUGCUCCAUAACAAUCAAUUUAACUUAUUGAACGAUAGUAAAGCUAUUGUAACUAAUGUGACAAUGGUGUUCAAAGAAAACUACAGCGCAGUGGUAGGAAACAGCAGCGAUCAAUUCGGAGAAAUGGUGGUCGAUUUUCUCACUAAGAAAUACCCGGAUGUAUUAUUCGAUGCAGUGACGGUGACAGAAGGGAGUAUAAUCGUUACCUGUGUAUUGCACGGACAUCCGAUUACCACCAACACCACAAUAUUGUCCCUUGCUGAAGAUGUUGCGUCUGGCUUGAACUUCACCUUCAACGGCUUCAAUAUGCAAGUGGCAGAACAACUGCUACUAAAUGGAACAUCUAUGUAUCCUACAACACCAAUCAUCCGACAAUCUACCUUAUCAACCGACAAUGGACAAAACACCCCUACAACGGACAUUGAGCAGACUAAUUCAACAACCGACAAUGGGCUGUCUACCACAACAAUCAGGGACAAAGAUUCAGGGGUACCUCCUUCCAGCGACGGACUUUCCCAUACAACGCUGAUUGUGAUUGUCAUCACACCAUUGGUGUUUCUGCUAGCAAUAAUUUUCUUCGUCAUCUAUAUCAAAUCCAAAAGAGCGGUUAACCCGAAUCCAGGAGAGUUUUUAAUGAAAAACCUAGCUGGAAGUUUCGGUGACGGAAGAAAUAAUUCGAACAAAACAAAGGAGUUUUCAUUCCAAUCGUCAACACGUAUGAACUCUACAAACAAAUCUAACCAACUGUCUGUGACCAAUCAGCAAGGUAGUUUAAAUGUUAAGCCGUCCAACUUGUACUCCGAAGUUGGAAGCCAGCCGCGAAUAUCGUUCCCUGGAAGCAUACGGUCAAAUCGAACGGCGGACUCCAACCAAUACUUGAACAGGUUGUCCUUCAGCGACAAGGAUCUUGGUUCCCUCCACUACUAUACAGGUAAUGGGCGUUGGAGGUCGGAAUCAACUGAGGUUUCGAACGAUAGUUUGAAACAUUGA